UUGAAAUUCAAAGAUUUGGAUUGGAAAAAUUAUUUGUGAAAAGAAAAAAGAGUUAUUUUUGUUGAAAAAAUGGCAUUGCCGAAUCCAUUUCAAAAUUCAACUUUAUCGUCACCUGUUUUGAGCUCAACGCCAAAGGUGACAAACAAUGAAAAAAGUUUUCUUCCUGGCUACCGCAGCAAUUUCGACAUCAAUCAACAAAAGGCAGAAUAUCAUCAGCGAAUGAGCCAACAAGCAUCUCAAAAACCACAAUUCAAUCGAAAUCAACCGCAAAAAAAUAUCCAAACUGAAAAAUCAAAUACACCAUCGAAUAAUUGGUGCCAUUUAUGUGACUGUAAUUUUAAGUAUCCGCAACAAUUGCAAAGACACAAAGAUGAGCAUGAAAAAUGUUGGUUUGACGAUUGCAAUUUUGAAGGUAGUUCAAUGUUGUUGAAGCAACACAUUGAGACUCAGCAUCAAAGUGGUUUGUUCCAGCGAAUUAGUAAAAUUGAAACGGAUGAAGAUAUUGAGAAAUGGCGUGAAGAACGGAGAAAGCGUUACCCGACCAAAGCCAACAUUGAAUUACGACGUUUAGCACAAGAGGAGCGAAUGAAACGAGGUGAACGCAUUCAAGAGCCAAAUCAUCGGUUCGGCAAUGUGCAACAUCGUAAACAACGAUCAUUCACAGAAAAUGAUUCAAUGAACAAUCAUAGAACGAAGAAAAACGAUAAAAAACGUCACCGAACACGAAAUAAGAAUAAAAGUGACGAGAAAAUAGCAAAUGACAAAAAUGGACAACAAACAACAACCGUGCCAGCAAAAAAAACUGAAACAGUGAAAUCAGAAAUGGUCGGUAAUAAUAAUGCAUCGGCCACAGAACAACGUCCGGUUGAACCAAAAGAGAAAACAGUGCCAACAACGAAUGCGUUGUCUGCAAUUAUGGGCAUUUAUGGUUCAGAUUCAGACUGUGAUGAUGACGAUGAUAACAACAAAGACAAUGACAACGUUGAAGCGACAACGUCUGUGAAUAAUGUGCCAGCAAAUAAACAAGAAGAACAAGUUAACAACAUAACUGAACAUGUUACAGCAGCAAGUGAUCCAAUUUCAGAAGCCGUUGAAUCGGAUAAAUACAACGAUGCUGAUGAAUCAACGAAAAAUAUGAGGCGCAAACGAGAUGCUGUUUUUACUGAAGAUAAAUUACCAAUAAAACAAUUUAAAUCAAUCGAUUCGAGCGUGCCGAGUGAAUCAAUUGACCAAAAACCCAACGAUAAUGAAUCGGAUGACGAUGAUGGUGCUCCGGAAGAACAACCCAUUCAACGAUGCUCAAACGAUGGACAGGAUAUUGUUGCUGGACCAAGCAGAAUUCGACCACAAGAAACCAAGAAAACUGAUGCAAAAUCGACACCAGCGAUUAUGAUGAAGAAGAAAACAAUUGUGGAUAUGACCAGAAAAAUUCGCAACCAAAAUACUCUACUGGAGAAACUAUUGCAAAAAGAAAUUCGACAUGAACGAAAUGUUUUAUUGCAAUGCGUUCGUUAUGUUGUUGAAAAUAACUUUUUUGGAAUUGGACAAAAGACCGAUGAACAAAAUGAACAAAAUAAACAAAAU